AUGGUUCAAGACUUCAAAGUCCUACAAUGCACCAAGCCCUGCUGCAACACCGGUGGCCUGGACUCUCCCCACGACGGAUCUGUCGAUGGCAACUGGCGGUGUGAGAGCUGUGGUAAUGUGAAUUUCCCUCGGAGGCCCAGGUGCAACAAGUGCCAAGUGCUUCGCGGCCCCUCGGGCGACGCGGUGGUGCUGCAGUACGCAGCUCGGGUCUACGUAGGUGGAGGUCAGACAACUCACAGGAAACUGGAAGAGAAAGAGAACUUCCACUCCAAGUGA